GAAAUUGAUUAGCAUGAACAAACACUGCAUUACACCUCUGAGAUUUCCAAUUUCAUCUCCAACAGCUACACAAAUAUCGGGAGCAUCAUUCAUGUUUUAUUACCCCAAAACACACACACAUACACACACACGAUUAAUCUGAUGCCGCCAACCUAGAAAGAGGAGAUAAUAACCCUCUUAAAUCAUCGGAAUUUGUUUUGGUUUUGAAGAUGAAUUUGGGGAUUAAAAUCGAAAGAGGAGAUGUGUUUGUGGCUUUGGCUGCGAUUUGGUUGUUAGUGACGCGGGUCGAAUCGAUCCGAUUCGAUCUGGAAACGGGUCACACCAAAUGCAUAGCGGAAGAUAUCAAGACCAAUUCAAUGACCGUCGGAAAAUACCAAGUCGUCAACUAUAAUGAAGGCUUGCCUUUGCCAGAUUCCCAUAAAAUCACUAUUCGGGUUACCUCAGCAUACGGGAACAACUAUCACUACGCAGAAAAUGUGGUUUGGGGGCAUUUUGCGUUUCAGGCGACGGAUGGCGGUGAUUACAUGGCGUGCUUCUUCGCUGCUGAGACGAGACCUUCGACUUUUAUGACCGUAGACUUUGAAUGGAAGUCGGGCGUUGCAGCCAAGGACUGGAGCAAUAUUGCCAAGAAAGGCUCCAUUGCGGCAAUGGAGAUCGAGCUGCAGAGAAUGUACGAUACAGUCCAAUCCAUUCACGACGAGAUAUAUUAUCUACGCGAAAGGGAAAGAGAAAUGCAGCAGCUAAAUAUAUCUACCAACUCCAAAAUGGCUUGGUUGAGUUUUCUGUCUCUUCUUGUUUCCUUAUCUGUCACAGGGCUGCAGCUCUGGCAUUUGAAGUCAUUCUUCCAAAAGAAGAAGCUUAUUUAAACUCAUUCUUGCUGCACAAUUUUGUCGAGCAAGAAACGCGUUUGUAUUCCGACAGUUUAGCACAGAAGGGAUGGUAUGUUUUUGAACUUGCAACAUUCAUCUUUAGAGACAAGGAACCUAGCUUAGACUUAGAGAAGCAGUGUCAUAAUCUUCUACUAGCAAAAAACAUAAUCUGAUAGUAGCAAACAUUUUUUUC